CCCCAAGUUACCCUGCGUUCGCGAAGAACACGGCCAAUCAGAAAGGAUCAGGUCUGGCCCCCGCCCUGCCCGCAGUCUAGCGCGAGUGCGCCUGCACUCAGGUGGGCAGGAAGGCGGGGCUGGGUUCUGGAGUAGAAGACUAAUGGCGUGCAGACUAUGAUGUCACACCUGAAUACAGACAGGACCACAGGCUGAGGAACUGGGAGCUGUUAUGUGGACAGGAAGAAGACCAGGUUGCUCAGGACCACCCCUUUCCUGGUUGCGGGGAGUCAGCCGACGACGCGCACACUGCGCAGGCUCCCCGCUGCAGUGGGCGUGAACCGUGGAGGUCCUGCCCCUUCUUGCCUCCCGCCCCUACUCAGCUGCUCCGCCAGAAGCUGGGGCCCCACCGAAGUAGAAGCUAACAUCGGAUUUCCAGUCCCUGACACACCCACCUUGCCGCCUCCGUUCUGCAGAGUCCCCCAGCUGUCAGGCAAUAUGAAGCCUAAACUGAUGUACCAGGAGCUGAAGGUCCCUGUCGAGGAGCCUGCGGGAGAACUGUCCAUGAAUGAAAUCGAGGCAUGGAAGGCAGCAGAGAAGAAAGCCCGCUGGGUCCUCCUGGUCCUUAUUCUGGCAGUAGUGGGCUUCGGUGCCCUAAUGACUCAGCUGUUUCUAUGGGAAUACGGGGACUUACAUCUAUUUGGACCGAAUCAGCGCCCAGCCCCCUGCUAUGACCCCUGCGAGGCGGUGCUGGUGGAGAGCAUUCCUGAGGGUCUGGAGUUUCCCAAUGCUACCACAAGCAACCCCUCCACUAGCCAGGCCUGGCUGGGCCUCCUUGCCGGUGCUCACAGCAGCCUGGACAUCGCCUCCUUCUACUGGACCCUCACAAACAAUGACACCCACACGCAAGAGCCCUCUGCCCAGCAGGGUGAAGAGGUUCUUCAGCAGCUUCAGGCUCUGGCACCCCGAGGAGUAAAGGUUCGCAUUGCUGUGAGCAAACCCAAUGGACCUCUGGCUGAUCUGCAGUCUCUGCUGCAGAGUGGUGCCCAGGUCCGCAUGGUGGACAUGCAGAAGCUGACCCAUGGUGUCCUGCACACCAAGUUCUGGGUGGUGGAUCAGACCCACUUCUACCUGGGCAGUGCCAACAUGGACUGGCGGUCGCUGACCCAGGUCAAGGAGCUGGGAGUGGUCAUGUACAACUGCAGCUGCCUCGCUCGAGACCUUACCAAGAUUUUUGAAGCCUACUGGUUCCUGGGCCAGGCAGGUAGCUCCAUCCCAUCAACCUGGCCACGGUCCUUUGACACCCGAUAUAAUCAAGAAACACCAAUGGAGAUCUGCCUCAAUGGCACCCCAGCUCUGGCCUACCUGGCGAGUGCACCCCCACCACUGUGCCCAAGUGGCCGCACCCCAGACCUGAAGGCUCUGCUCAACGUGGUGGAUAAUGCCAGAAACUUCAUCUACAUUGCAGUUAUGAAUUACCUGCCUACCAUGGAGUUCUCCCAUCCACGCAGGUUCUGGCCAGCAAUUGAUGAUGGGCUGAGGAGGGCUGCGUAUGAACGGGGCGUCAAGGUGCGUCUGCUCAUCAGCUGCUGGGGGCACUCGGAACCAUCCAUGCGGUCCUUCCUGCUCUCGCUGGCUGCACUCCGUGACAACCAUACGCACUCUGACAUCCAGGUGAAACUGUUUGUGGUCCCUGCGGAUGAGGCCCAGGCCCGAAUCCCCUAUGCCCGUGUCAACCAUAACAAAUACAUGGUGACUGAGCGUGCUACAUACAUUGGAACCUCCAAUUGGUCUGGAAGCUACUUCACAGAGACAGCAGGCACCUCCCUGCUGGUGACACAGAACGGGCAUGGUGGCUUGCGCAGCCAGCUGGAAGCUGUUUUCCUGAGAGACUGGGAAUCCCCUUACAGCCAUGAUCUCGACACCUCAGCCGACAGUGUGGGCAAUGCCUGCCGCCUGCUUUGAGGCUCAGCCUGUGGACAGGCCAAAGCCUUCCAGGCCCCCUUGGACUCAGCUCUGGGUCCUGGUUGCUGUCCCUGUGCCCUUGCUUCUGUCUAUCCCAUUGUGGCUCUAUAGUCUCCACUACACUCCCAUCGCUACCUCCACCUCCACUGGCCUGACACUCUGGCCCCUGUGGACCUAGCAGAGCUGGGGGAGGAUCAGACCCCAAAGAAGUGGGGGUGCAUGCUGGGCCCAGACCUUUGGCCCACCCCCUAAAGGGGCCAAGAUUAUAAGUAAAUAAUUGUCUGUAGCCUGUGCUUAA